UAUCUUGUGUCGUAUACGGUACAUACCACUCAGAGUGGGAGACAACGGAAGAAAAAGAAGGUAGGGUGGCCCAGCCCUGUCUGUUCCUGGUACGGUGGUUCCUAUUUACGGUUUGGCGGCGGCUUCACGAUUAGUGUGGAAAUAGUUAUUUAGGCUCUCGUAAGGUGCAGAAGCGCAGCAGACCCAUGCCGUCUCCAACAAAAAAUAUAUGGUCUUACAUCAAACAGCGGCUUAUUUUUUUUGUUUUGUCUCUCUUUCCCCUUGCCCCCCCCCAGAGGUACGCCGGGAUGAAAUUGAUGCGAAACAUCAUUUUCGGCGAGGGCAACGAAGGAGAAACCUCGUCACCAGUCAGGAUUAUUACGAGGCAUUUUACGGCGACCGGCGAGGAGAAAGAGGACAGCGAUGAUGCAGGAACACAUCGCGAGAUGCAUACAGCGCGCAAGAGUAAGUUGAAGCCUCUUGGCUGUUAGAGUCACAUUAGUCGCAGCAGUGAAUACCGUUGUAGUCGUGUCAUCCCUUGUUUGUUCUGCUGUGUGUUACUCCAUUCGUUACGAACGAUCGGUGUGUCGCCCUGUUCAUAUUCCGACGUCAUUGCCGCGAAGAAAGGUGAACGCUCCAGACCGUCCAAACGAGAACAGAUUGCGUCGGAGUCAUAUAAUUUCCUUGUUGUGUUUUCGAAUGCUGUUGGGUGCAAGGGCGCCGAGAGGACUCCGACGAGGAGGAGGAUGACGGCGACGUGGAGGAUUCGGACGAAGAGGCGGAGCGCGACAAGGAUGCAGUCCGUGAGAUGCAUGAAGCCGCCAGAGGAUUCGGUGAUAUUUCGGAGUUGUACAAGGUGUACGUGAAAGAGCGUAAGAAUUCCGUGGCCGUGGAGCUCUCGUACCCCAGUAAAAGAUGUCAGAUUUCAAGACCGCGCGGGCAAGUCCUGUACGACAUCGCCGGAUGGGCGGCCAGCAAGGCUUUGACGCAUCAAGCAAGACACAAUAUUUCCCAGGAUUGGGUGCUUGUCGUCCAACACAACACUCGCCGGUCCAGUCGGGAGGCGAUAUUUACUAAUGUCAUGCCGAGAGAUAUCGAUCAGAAGAACGACCUGAAGAACGGUCCAGGACUUCCCUACCCGACGAUGGAUUGGGUAGAGUCUGGGUAUGCCGUGGAGAGGGGCAUUUUCUGAAAAACCCUAUCUUCCUUGCUGCUUGCCUUGGGGACUUGCCAGCCGAGAUUUUCAAAGUUGUAAGCGAGGCGGAGUCGUCAAGGAAAUGUGGGGAAACUGCUGUCCACCUGGUGCUCCCGCCAUCGACCCUAGUUUAUCCCAGGAGAUGUUUCUUUUCGAAGUCGGGAAGAUCCUUGACGUGCGAAUGGGUGACUACGCGAAGAGUGUAACGGAGAAUACUUCCCUCAAGUUCACGAAGGCCGCGCUUGGUUUACGGCAACAGCUAAACGCACAGGUCAACACAAAGGGACGGGCGGGUGGAAGGGCCGGUAGUAGCGGAGCAGAGGGAGGUGUACAGGGGGACGAGGCCGCUGGAGGGGGUAAGGGGGACCUUGCUAAGCGCCGAAAGGGGGGGGGAUGUCCAGGGCAGAGAUUAGGGACAGAUGCACUACAAAGCAACUUGUCGUGCUCACGAAAGCCGCAGAGAUUCCGAAGGGCAAUGUGAACUCAAGAAUAGAGGAUCUCCUCGAUUAUCUGGAGACGUUUGUGUGUGGUUCAGGCAGGAACCGGUUGGAGGGGCAGGCCCCAACGUGACGGGGGCUGGGCUAGCCGGAGGAGGUUGCGGGGGGCGUGGCUGUGAGAACGCGGGUGAGGGCAGCACCUUGACAGGAAGUGGGGAGGUGGCCUCUGCCGGUGGUGAUUUGACGACGGAAGAAGUUCCUACGCAGGACGGGAUGGACCACGACGAUUUCCUUUCCCGGCCGAUUGCAAUGGAUAUCUCACUGUCGGUUUUGGAGGGGGCGGGUGUGUCUAGCGGGAGUGGUUCUUGAUCAAGUUUCCAAGACAGAAGGUGAAGGCUUCGGUGGCGCCGGCUUUCGUUUUCUUAUACUGUACAUCAAUUUUCAGGGAUCAUAACUGCCAUCUGAUUUGUGUGCGUGUCGAACUUGGCGUUCCCUCACGGUUUCCCUCUUCUCACCACAAGGCCCGCCGGUGCGUUACACACCUCAACCGCUCAGAACCAUGCUCGCAAUAUUUGUCUUCUGUGCUUGCUAAGGGCAGCAGCUACAUAGUAGUCGUCU